UGGCAUUGGCAGGCAGGGGCACGACGUCGUGGGGGCCCCCGGGCGCAUAGAAAAACCCGAGGAAAUGGCAGACUGGCAGCGAGAAGCACGUCCGAGACCAGGCAGGCAGGCAGGCGAUUCAGCGUGGGGUGGGGGUGGCCAGGGGAGACGAACCCUGCCUGGAUGGCUGCAGGAUCCCUCCCUCUCUCCGCGCUUCCUGCAUAAUAUAUUCGCCCACCAUCGCCACAACUUGCACGGGGGCCGAUGACUAAUUUGCGCCAGAUGCACUGCAUCGGUGCCUCCAACGUCUCCAAACCUCUCUGUCGCCUCUCUCUUCUGCUUGUCUGCGUCUGCGUCUGCGUCUCCAUCUCUAUCGUCGCUGCGUGUAUCAGGUUGACGACCACCAGCUAGCCGCCGCAGCAUCGGUUCGGUUCCUCAUACGAACCAGCUAAAACUGGCAUGGACAUGCUAUGCCGCGUCAAUCGAUCUCACCAGUGCUAAUAGCAAGAUCUGGCCUGAUUCGGCGAUCCAGCAGUCAGAGUUCAUGAGAUCGAGUGCUUCAGCUCCAAGACUGCAGGCUACCUAGCUGUGUGCACUGUGCACUGCAUGCGUGCCUUGGACUUGAAGACGGCACACGCAAAGUGCAAGGCAUCGACUGAACCGAGCGCUCCGAUCCGACCCUUCUCAUGGUUCUUCUUGAGCCCCAGAAACGAUGAGCACCGGCCGGCCGGAGGACAUCCAGCAGCUAAUCAACAGUGCCACUAGUAGCCCCAACCGCACUAGUCCAUCCGCCUCGCCCAGCGACAUGGAGAGCGGCGGCGGAAGCGCGUCCUCGCCGCGCGCUUCGACGUCCGACCGGCGCCUGCAGAGGGCCGCCCACAGUCACAGGGAGGAGUGGGAGCCUGCUGCUGCUGCUAGCGGCGAUGGCGGCACGGGUAGCCUCUGGUCCAGGUACUUCUCGCUCCCGGUCCUCCUGCUCGUCGGCGUCACCGCGUCGCUGGUGAUCCUCCCGCUCGUGCUCCCCCCGCUACCGCCGCCGCCGUCGAUGCUGAUGCUGGUCCCGGUGGCAAUGCUGGUCUUGCUGCUCGUGCUGGCGUUCAUGCCGACGUCGAGCGUCCGCGCUGGGACGGGGACGGGGCCGACCUACAUGUAGAUAAUCACAUUGUUUUUUUUUUCUUUUCUUUUGUCCUUUCGUUUGAAUUUUGUGAUAGAGAGAGGUCAUGGGAUGGAUCAAUUGGUCCUCAGCUUCAGCUUUUCUCAAUCGUACAAUGUCUCUCUGUUCGGCUAAUUAAUUUGCUUAGUUAUAGCCGAGAGUACAGUAUAUAUAUGCUUAUACUAGUCACAGCACAGUAAGGGGGUGUUUAGUUCAAAAAAAAUGCAAAAUAUAAAAUACCAACUAUUUUGGAAUGGUGGAAUGCAAAAUGCUAAAAUUUUUAGGGUCAUGUUUAGUUUCAUCCAAAAUGCAGAAUUUUUGCCUCAUAAAAGCCUCUUGAGGAUCAUUUUGGAUUCUUUUGCCUCUUGAGGCCAAAAAUCCAAAAUGAAGAAUAACCAUAUUUUUGUCAAAAAUUUUGUAUGGUGUUUAGUUCCAUUUUGCAAAAUGGUGGAUCAAAACCUAAAAUUUUUUGGGAAAAAAGAGGAACUAAACACCCCCUAAGUUCAGAGAACGUUAAAUUAUUUAAACUUUUUAUUUGUUCAAGUUCUCAAAUUUCCCAAAUAAACCAGUAUUUCUUACUUUUUGAGAAGUCGAACUUUUUUAAUAUCAAUAUUUGUAUCUCUAAAUAAGUUUAUUAUAAAACUAUACUCACGAUCAAUAUAAUGAUGUUUAUUAUACAUCAUACAUAUUAGUAUAUAUUUUUGUUAAAUUUUAAAAGUUUGACUCCUCCGAAGUGAGAUGUGUAUUUAUUUUAGGAUAGGGGAGUAUACUAAGUACUGGCUAGAUAUAACACACAACAUUUGGUUAACAAACUACAUUAUUACAGAUUCUUUUGCUGGGCGGGUCUACAAAUUCAGACUGUUACAUGUAUAUAUUUCCGAGGCCAUAUAUCAAUUUCCAGGUGGUAAUCCGUGUGAAUGGUGUGAUAUAUAGGCGACCGAAUAUUACCAGCUCACCAUGACGAGAACGCGUCACAAUAUCAAAGCGAUACUUUCCUGAUGAUAAAUAAUAUAUAUAUUGUAUUUUCUUUUUCAAAGACAUUACACGUGCAGACCUUUUGUAAGAGGAUGUUUUUGGAAUGACAAAUUUUUUGCCUCUAA